AUGCCACAAAUCAUCUCACAUUCGUUCUGGGUUCGUCUGUCCGAAGUAAUAUCCGAGCUUUAUGAAGAUCUUCAGGACUCCACGAUCUGGCAACGAAUAUUGGGUUGGUGUUUGGCAUUCUUUCUCAACCUGUUCCUCAUUGUAACGAGGUUUAGAAGAGGUGAUAAUAGGAUGCAGGCAGGAUCGUACAAGGACGUAGAUAACGUGGAGGAUUUUCUUGCAAGUGUUAGCGGCGCGGAGAUAUUCCUGCUGCUUUUCAGUCUCGCUAACGCGGUUUAUGUAUGGGCUAGAAAAAGAAGAUAUCACUUUUUUCAAAGGGGUCCUUCGCAGAGACCCGAGGUUGCCAAUGCGAGACUCGUCGACCUGAAGCUACCUUACUUUGCUCAAAAUAGGAUUGGAGAAUACGUGUAUGAAAUUCGAUCCCGAUCGGGCCAGUAUGUUUGGCAAGUUAACGUUUGGAAUCCAGAUGAUUUUACGCUCAGUCUGUUUUGUGGAUUUUCGCCGGCUCAUGUUGGUAUUCUGAUUCUUAUGAACCCUGGAAUUUGGACUUAUUAUGUUGGCACGAUUGCACUCCUGUCCUUGCAGAUGUACGUCAAUGUUUAUAAAUUCUCAUCUCUGGUCACAGACAGACAAGCUAUUUAUGGGGAGGUUCAGAGAGAGUAUGACAACAAAUUUGUCAGACCAAGACUUUUCGUGGAGAAGCAAAACGACUCCACGCAAACAAAUUUAAAUGAAGAAUUGAGUAGACUUGAUGAUACGUGGCGUACAUUUGAAUCGAACCAAUACCCAGAAGGGAUGGAUAACCCGUGGAUAGGAUCUUCGUCAUCAUCAAAUUUGCACCAGGACAACACCACCUGA